AGCCAUUCUGAGAAGAUGGGAAAGGGCUGCAAGGUCGUUGUUUGCGGGUUGUUGUCCGUGGGGAAGACUGCGAUUUUGGAGCAGCUCCUUUACGGGAAUCACACUGUUGUGAGACAGGUAAAUGCAGUGUGAUUAUUGCCCAUUGGUACACAUGAAUCCUCCAAAGCCAGGCUGCCGAGGACAGGGGCACGGUGAGCACGGCCUUGGUUCUUCCUGUCUAGGGAUGGAGGACUCUGAAACCAUGGAAGAUGUGUACAUGGCCUCAGUGGAGACAGACCGAGGCGUGAAGGAACAGCUGCACCUGUACGACACCCGAGGCCUGCAGGAGGGCGUGGAGCUGCCGAAGCAUUAUUUUUCAUUUGCUGAUGGUUUUGUUCUUGUGUACAGUGUGAAUAACCUUGAAUCCUUUCAAAGAGUGGAGCUUCUAAAGAAGGAAAUCGAUAAGUUCAAAGACAAGAAAGAGGUGACGAUUGUCGUGUUAGGAAACAAAAUCGACCUUUCGGAGCAGAGACAAGUGGACACCGAAGUAGCACAGCAGUGGGCAAAGAGUGAGAAAGUGCGGCUGUGGGAGGUGACAGUGACGGACCGGAGGACUCUAAUCGAGCCCUUCACCUUACUAGCCAGCAAGCUCUCCCAGCCCCAGAGCAAAUCCAGCUUCCCUUUACCCGGGAGGAAAAACAAAGGGAACUCCAGCUCCGAAAACUGAAGGAGCCUUAUAGGGCAGUGGCUGUCGUCAAAUGUCUGUGAACACGGUGGAAGGCUGGUACUUAACACAGGGCCUGUGGCUACCUUUGGCCCUUAGGAAACCUCUAGGUAGUAAUUUAAUGCACUUUAGGUUAUAAUUAAAUUAUUGGGCUAAGUUUACUGUUGCCUGACAUAAAUUAUAUUAUUUAACACCUAUUCUGACAUUUAUUUUGCACUUGUUAAUAAUAGCAAAAUAAAGUUUGGAGAGCACACAGUGCACCCAGGUGGAA